CGCCAGUGUGAAGCGGCAAGCGGAUAAGAACCGAACAUGGCAUUAAAAAGAAUUAACAAGGAAUUACAAGACUUGGGGAGGGACCCACCUGCACAAUGUUCAGCCGGUCCAGUCGGUGAUGACCUGUUUCACUGGCAGGCAACCAUCAUGGGCCCGCCAGACAGUCCGUACCAGGGAGGCGUAUUUUUCUUGACAAUACAUUUCCCGACAGAUUACCCAUUCAAACCACCGAAAGUGGCUUUUACGACACGCAUAUAUCAUCCAAACAUUAACAGCAACGGGUCGAUCUGCCUGGACAUAUUAAGAUCUCAAUGGUCUCCCGCCCUGACAAUUUCCAAGGUGUUGUUGUCAAUCUGCUCUCUGUUGUGUGAUCCCAACCCCGACGAUCCAUUGGUGCCGGAGAUCGCCAGAAUAUAUAAAACGGAUCGGGAAAAAUAUAAUGAACUUGCCCGGGAAUGGACAAGGAAGUAUGCUAUGUGAUGCGUUCCAGACGAAACAUUGCUACGUAAAACCUACACCUACACGAACGACAAAUACAAGAGCAGC